AUGAUACACCCACAAGCAAAGGAAAAAUCAAAAGAACUCAGAAGUGCAAUUAAAUCAAUUCCAAUGACUUACAAAUUACUGAUUAUUAUUCUGGUUUUCCUUGCCGUUGCCUCAAAAAUUCAGAUGUUUGAAGAACUUGAUUAUGAUUUUCAUCCCAUGCUACAUAGUAUGGAAUAUAUUGAACGAGAUGUUCGUAGUUUUCGUUGUACUACUCCGAAGCAGCGUAGUGAAAAGCGCUGCCGAGAUCACUGUCAACACAAACAACACAAAACUGGUCGUUGUAUUCCAAAAAAGGGUGGUACAUAUUGUCAUUGUAUACAAUCUGUUCGUCCGAAAUCGAUUUGA